AUGAGUAAGGCGACCUCGGAUCUGAUCCAUGUCAUGAAGGCAGAUCUUGCACGCAUGGAGAAGGAGCUUACCGGGCAGCGCAGACAGAUCGCCGAUAUGGAGGAUCGCCUGAACACGUCACACGAGCUCUUUGGCCGCACGGACGAGAUGUAUGACCUGCUUCAUAGAAAGCAGGUAGGAGUCCUCAGCCGGCUGAACACCAUCGAAGACUCUGAGGAGUGUCUCUGGGACGAGUUCGAAAGAUUGAAAAAAUCAGUGCGUCGGCGGAUGGCGAACCAAGCGGAAGUCACAGUACCUGCUGGUGUCGGCGACGAGGCGGCGCCGGUGGAGCUGCAGGAGCCGCAGGAGCCGCCUCAGACGAUGGUUCGUAAGAAAGACACACCUCUGCAAACUGCCACGCGGAACGCAAUCAUUGAUAUGAUGGGGAUUGCACCAAAGGCCGCCCUGCCUAAGCCAUUAGGAACUUCGGCCGGAGUAUUCUGGCUCGAGGACAAUCAGGGGAAGUGUGUCCUGCGGCCAACAUGGGAGAUCGAAGGCGAGAACAAGGCGGGAUGGUUUCGUGAGGUUGCGGAGAAGGUCAAGCUGGAUGGUCACAAGUGGCAUGGUAAGUUGGCUGUAGAGGAUCUGGAGAAGACGUCACUUGCCCAGGUCGAAGCGGCGGUUGCAACUGCCUGGCGAUCUAUGAGAGAUCGCUAUAAAGCCGAAGGAAAGGGCGAGGCGGCGAGGGCCGAUGAUCAGCGGCUAAGGCGGCAUGAACAGCGUAAGAGAGCAAAAUUGUCCGAUCGCAAGGAGUUGCGCGAUCAUGUUGAGGAGAUGCAGGCGCCGAAGUGGAAUUGGCUCAUGAGCGCGUGGAAGUACAUGUCGACGGACGAGACAGAUGAACCCGAGGAAGAUGGCCAAGGUGCUGUCGAUGCGAACACGUCAGAGGAGGCCCAAAAUACGAGGGCGAGAGUCAUAUCCAAGUCUAAGGUGUGGAUCGCACAUUGGCCGUCAUAUCGCCCAUCAGAGCUUGAGCGGCCGUUGCGAAAGCUGGAUAAGGUGAUUGUCACGCACCGCAAAGAAAAUUCGGCCUCAGGUGGCGCACAACAUGCUACCCGUACUCGCGGUGAGAAGCGGGACAAGCCGCUUCCAAACGUGUGCAAGGUGAAAGGUGCGGUCAAGAUUCCUCGCAGUCUUGUGGACCGCGAGUGGCUCGAGAGGCAUCCGGAGCAGAACAUACCUCGGCUGAUGCUGUUUGAUGAUGUGGGCAGUUCGGCAGAUGUUGACGUGGAGAUGGAAUAUGAUGGCGGGGACGAGGGCGAUGUUGGGGCAGCAGAUGACGGAGCAAAGUCAGAAAGGCAAGUCCCGCCUACGAGGGAAUCCUCUAGUAGUAUCGAUCCAGCACUGUCCAAUGAUGUAGCGAGUCCGAGUCAUUAA